AUGUUUUGGAUCCUGGUGCGCGCCAUCAGCUACACGGUGCACGGGCUGAUCCCCGCGUCGUGCGUGUUCGCCGACCGCUACAACAGGGAGGAGGUGGUGCGCUCGCUGGGCAAGGAGGUGAACAUCAACCCGCCGCUGACGCUGGGACAGCUGCCCGACACACCCGAGGAGCUGCUCAAGCUGGACCAGGUGUUCAUCAAGUCCGAGCUGAAGGUGGGGGUGAUCUACGUGAAGGAGGGCCAGUACACCGAGGAGGAGAUCCUCGACAACAACGACAACAGCCCCAUGUUCGAGGAGUUCCUGCAGAUCCUGGGGGACAAGGUGCGCCUCAAAGGAUUCGACAAGUACAAGGGCGGCCUGGACACGGUGCACGACCUGACCGGCCUGUACUCGGUCUACACGAACUGGAGGAGCAUCGAGAUCAUGUUCCACGUCUCCACGCUGCUGCCCUACGAGAAGCACGACCCCCAGAAGCUGCAGCGCAAGCGGCACAUCGGCAACGACAUCGUGUGCGUGGUGUUCCUUGAGGCGGACAACACCAGCUUCAGCCCGGCGUGCAUCAAGUCGCACUUCCUGCACACCUUCAUCCUGGUGCGCACCAGCCCGCGCAUCAAGCGCAAGCCCACCAGAUACGAGGUUUCGGUGGUGACCCGUGACGAGGUUGGUGCCUACAAGCCAUACCUGUGGGAGCAGUCCGUCUUCGACAAGGGACCCAUGUUCCGGGAGUGGCUGCUCACCAAGAUCGUGAACGGCGAGCGCGCUUCCUACUCGGCGCCCAAGUUCGCGCGCAUGCAAGAGCGCACACGGUCGCAGAUGCUCGAGGACAUCGUGGCCAACCUGGCCAACCACGCAGAGACUGGUCAGAUACCCAAGCCCUACAGGCGCGGCUCGUGGCGGCCCAUCGGCCACAUGCGGCCGUCCAGCCCCCUACUGGACUCGGUGCGCGACCAGUUCGAGGACUACGACCAGCUGGCCAAAGACUUCACGCGCGCCUUCCUCAACAAUGAGGAGAACAUCGCUAUCAAUGCCAGCCUCUUCGACGUCGUCUUCCUCGUAGGCCAGAGCAAGAGCAAGACGCGCUUCAUCGGCGUCCGGGCCAUCCUGGGCGUGCGCAGUCGGUAA